UUGAAUAUAAAGUUAGUUGUCAACCAAGCGUUCGUUUGAACAAGUCGCAUUGUGGAGUAGUUCGAAAGCGGGGCAAGCAGUCCCCUAGCUGAAAAAGGUUUAACAUCCGGAGUGUGUUUUUAACAUCUGUGGACAAAUUCUGUGAUAACAUAGCUUUUUGUAUCCAAACAUCUCUAGGAUUUUUAUUUUAAUUCCCAUCGACCAAAAUUCAUCAUAGUCAAAAAGUGCCACAUCAAAAAAAUACAACUCGACGCCAUAUUUGAUUUAUUAUUAUUAAAUUAAUCGGCCUAGUCAAACACAUUUCAAAUCACGGAUUCCCAGAAUCUGCAACUGUGGAGUGGUUUAUAUUAUAGUGAUUUUUUGACUUUUAACCAAUUUCAAAAAUGGAAAUCGAAAGUGCAUCGACUUUCCUAGCAAAUCUCCUGCGAUUGGAAAAUCGCCACAUCAAAAUCGCGCGAGUGGAAAUGUUUCGUAGAACUCUUGAAGAUCUACUCAGGCACCAUUAUCAACAUCAUUGGUUCCCAGAAAAACCGUGCAAAGGCUCAGGAUAUCGUUGUCUUCGGAUUAAUCACAAAAUGGACCCUCUAAUCGCAAAAGCUGGUGACGUGUGUGGUUUUAACGAAGCCGACCUACGUAAGCUACUACCUAACGAGCUUACGAUGUGGAUUGAUCCUCUGGAAGUUUCCUAUAGAAUUGGUGAGAACGGAAGCAUAUGUGUACUGUACGACGGAACAAAGAACCAGUUCUCUCCCGAUGUCACCAGGUACAACAACCAGUACAGCCCUAGUACCGACCAUCAGUACUCUCCGAUCUCAAUGAGGUACCCUGGUUGUAAGGAAAGUGCUCGUGGAACCAACUAUUGGGAUAGUUUCGUGUCAGAUUCCCGUAAUCGUGGCAUGGAACAAUUCGCAGCUUACGUCUCAGGCUAAAAAAUAGUUUUUUUUUUAAAAAAAAAUGGAGAAUCGGAAUUUUUUUUAAAAUUCCGAAUAUUAAAAAAUGAAAAAAAAAAAAUUAUUAAAAAAAAUGGGUUUUAAAUGUCCACACGUAUAUCUCCAGCCAAAAUACUAGGCGUUCUCUCUGCGAAUGCAAAAAAAUGUGAUCUUAUUUUUAUUUUUCCUCUACUUUAUUUGGAGUAUUUAAAAAAAAAUGGAUUAAAAAAAAAGGUAAAAAUAUUAUUCAUGUAUUAUAUAUCUUAAAAUUUAAAUAUUGCAAGCAAUCAUUGUUGUAAGUAGAUUUCAUUAUUUGUGUAUUUUUCAGAUUUUUUUUAAAUGGGGAAUUUUUUGUUUUUUUCGGGACCACCGGUCAUAUUAAUGAUUCCAUAAAUUUACCGUUGGCUUACCGUAAAUUACUAAAGUUUACCCUCUGCAUUAUAUCGACCGCCAACUCCAUGGUUACCUAGAAAAGGACUAGAAUUGACUUGUUUUUGUUUAUUUUUUUUAAUUAUUACCGUCCGAAAUUUUAUAUUUUGGACUAUUUUAGAACUACAGUAGUGAGAAAAUGGCGUGAUGUUAUAAAGCAAUUUCUGUGAUCAAUACAUGCCCACCUACCUGCAUCAAAAAUAAAAAUACAAAAGCUCUCUGUGUGAUGUUAAGGAGUUGAGCUUAUUUGUAUAAAGAAAUUUAAAUGUCAAAUCAGGCCAUUUUUAAUUUUUUUUUUCCUUCUCUCCUCACUUAUAUGCUUUAUCCAUAAUGUUUAAAUCUUAUUCUUCGCUGUCAUUAUUAUUUGUUGUUGAGCGACAAUGUAUUUUAAUUCAUUGUUCAUUAGUUUCAUUUAAGACUUUAUUUCCUAAUUAGUAAAAUUUGUAAAAAAAAAAAUUAUUUGCAUGAACCCGGUUAUUAUUAUCAAUUUUAUGCUUUCUCGGUAUAAAAUAUUUCUGCUAGUCUUCCUAAUAAAUUGAUAUGACAUGCUGCACAAAUAUUAUAUGUCAUAUUAUGUAAAGAGAAAAAAAAAUUCCUAAUGUUCUUUUUGUUAAAUAUGUAGUUAUAGCUUAUUAUGGUUUAUUACGACUCUUGAGUCCAAUAGCUAGCUAUUGCACAUUUAUCAAAAUUGAUUAUAAUUUAUGUCAUUUAAAUUAUGUAUUUUUAUCCUAUUAUGCAUGAGUGUGUAUACGCCCUCUUCAUAAUGAAUGAUUUUCGCUGUGCCACUACUCAUUAUCUUCUUGGAUGGUAAAAAAAUUUUACUAAGUCCUAUUUUUAAAGGCAUUGUAAUAUAUUUAAUUGUUGAAUAUUUACAGUACAAUUUUAAAUAUAUAUAUAUAUUAAAAAAAACAUCCAAGAAGAAUUAGCAUUUUUACGAUGUCAUUUAUUAUUAAGAUGUUGUGUACACAGUUUGUUGAUCAACAAGUUUUAUAAGAUCAGAUGAUUAUUAUUAUUUUUUUAAAGAUUGUUUUUUUUUUAAAAAAUGAAAUCUUUUAGAUUUAUUAAGUCUUUAAAAAUGAUUUUUUUAAAAUGAAAUCAAGAUUUAUUAAGUCUUUAAAAUGAUUUUUUAAAUGAAAUCUUUAAGAUUUAUUAAGUCAUUUAAAUGAUUUUCUUUAAAAAAUGAAAUCUUAAAGAUUUAUUAAGUCAUUAAAAAAGAUUUUAUUUUUUAAAAAAAUUUAAUCUUGAGAUUUACUAAGUCAUUAAAAUUAUAAUUUUUAUUGAAAUCUAAAAAAAAAUUUGUCAAGUCAGUAAAAUGAUUAUAAUUUUUUAAAAACCAUAUUUUUUUUAAUUUAUGUCAUUAUUAUUUUAAGAGACCUAAUGAUUUUAAUCCAUUAAAUUAUUAUUUUAAAAAAAUCAUUGUAAUUAAAUCUAUCCUAAAUCUUUUAAAUUAAUUUUUGUAAACAGUUGGUUUUAAUAUUUCACGAUUAUUUUAUUGCAUUUUUAAUUAUGAAUUAUUUUGUCAAAAUCUCUUAAAUACCUCACCAAGAAUCUUUAAGAUCAUUCUCUAUUGCUGUUUAUUAUUUUUAUUGCCAUUGCAUUAAACUACUGUAGGGUUUUACAAUUUCUAUCUUCUCUUCUGGGUUUUCAUUCAGCUGGCUGUCAUCUGUACAAGUCAUCCUGUACAAAAAUUUGUAAAAAGUUAUUUUAUGUCUGUACAGUGAUGUGAUAUAGAAGUUUUGUACAGUGACUUAAUAAAAAGUACAUGCAGCAUAAA